GAUCUUUUUCAAUCUUCCAUAUCCACUAAACUCUCCCGUUUCUUCAUGUUACUGUACUUUCUCCCGUACAUUCCUGCUAGUCUCAGCUCUUUUGAAUUUCUGUUUUCUACUUUUGUAUGCUCUAUGGUUUGUACAACUUGAAUUACGGCACUUCUGUGCAAAUUUUUGUGUUGAGACUCAGUCAAAUGAUGGGUUAUGUAAGAUAUAAGCCAUAUUACAUUAUGAAGUAUACAGUUAGCUGCUCGCUAUGAUUAUGUUCAUUUAUUUGGUCAUUAACAACUUGUACAUGUUUUCUACAUCAAAAUUGUUGCACAAUUAGGUUAUAUCGUUGUUGUUUAUUACUGGAAAGGAUCUCGCAAGCCUUGAGACAGCUAGUAGUUCUAGAAGAAAUUCUAAGAUGAGAUAAUUUACACCCACUUCACUCAAUUUAUUUAUGGUACGGCGGUGAGUAUUCAGUUCCCAUGUAUUAUUGUAUUUAUGAGUUACUUUCAGGAGUUAUAUCUCACAUUUUAGGUUGCCUUUAAGCUAAACUUCACAGUUAAUGCUUUGACUUGAAAAGAACGUGGUCAAGUUUUGAGCCAGUAGAUGGCGGUGUUUUCUGAGAAACAUUUCCAUUCUUGAAUUAGCUUCCCGUGAAAAUAUAUGCUCCUCCUCAGGAAUUAACCUUAGGUACACUUUAGAAUGUAUAACUAAAGCUCAAAUCAGUCCUAGUUAAAAAAAUCGUUAACUCACAGUCAGAUAUUUACUGCUGAUUUCUAGUUAUGUUGAUGUUAUUCAUCUGCUGGCUGUAACAAUUAUAAUUUUGACGGUCUAAACAGUUAAUUAGCCCUUAUCAUCAUUUGACCACGCUUUGGACUUCCGAGAAUGACAUGCAGGAGAUUGUGCGAGGAUAAGAUAAAAGCUUAUGGGCAAUCGUGGGGCCGGCUGAAGAAGAUUACAGAGAAGAGGAUGAAAUGGAGAUGUGCAGUUGAAGCCCUAUGUUCCACUUAGAACCUAAGGGAAUAAUAAUAUAAUAACACUAUAAGACCAUGCAUUAGUACCUAAUACUUUAAUUUAUCCCUCGUAUCAGUCGUCUUAUUGGGUUGUAUAUUAGUCGAAUCUGCAGGUUCAUUUCUGUUUUGCUUAUGCUCUGGUAGCUGAGUAGUGUCGUCUGAUACAAUAAUUGUGACUUUCAAUCUGCCACGUGUACCUACACUAGUUUUUACUCAAUUAUUCAAAAUUAAUCAGUAAUGGAAGAGUUUAUAUUCACAGAAAAUCUUCCGUAUAUGGACCUACUUUUGGUUGGAUUAAUUAAUACAGCGUCCUUUAACCUGAAGAUGCAUAUUAGUUAUUACGUCAUUCUGGCUAGAAAUAUGUGAAAAAACUACAUUUACAGAAAGAUUUUAUCCAGUUUAUGUGUUCUUAGUUAACUUCAAAGUAUUCACUACCAUCCUAGUGAAAUUUUAAGUGGUGGCAUAUAGAAGAUAAUGCUUUGUUCAAACUUAGAUGAUGCCACUUUGCUAGAAUAUAGAACAAAAUGUAUUUCUGAUUAAAAAUUGGGGAAUGAAUUAGGAUAUAGUGUCUCUAAGAACAGUAAAAACAUUCUGAUCUGAAGUGUGCCAAGACUUCAGGUCUCCUGUAGGCGCCUUACGAAAGCAACAGUUUUAAGAUUUAGGAGUAGCAUGUUUGUGAACUGUAUUUACUGUUGUACUGGCUAGACAAUUAACGGAACAUAGUGGAGGUGUCGAUCAUUGAUAAAAGUAUUUGGUUUGAAGACAGCGGCCUUCGACUAUUCCGCUUACUUCAUCGUGUGCAUCUCUAUGAUAUCUCAAACCCUCUCAUAUAAACCGAGUUAUAGUGUGGUGAGUUACAUUAGCAUUGUGAAUGCAAUAGUAAUUCACAUUUCCAGUCGCCUUAGAUUCUUCUCUAGCUCUUUGUAAUAACAUUGACAAGUCAAGAACGGAUAAUGGGUGUUUGAAGGCUUAUCGCCUCUGGAUUCGAGAUAGCUUUCAAAUCAGACAAGUUUCUACUUUAAUUUCAAUUCAAGAAAUAGUUCAGUUGACUUCAGACUAUCAUUUAAAAGCUUUGAAAAUUUCCCCCAAGUAGAAAACUGACUUUCUGAGGUCGGGAGACAAAAGAAAAGUCAAAGCGUGCUUAUUCCCUGUCUGUGUGUAUCUGUAGAGAUGGUGAUUUGGGGUUCGGCUUCAAAUUAUGGUUUUUCUGUGGUUUACUCGAGCUGAUUUGGUCAUUCUCUUCAUUUCUAUUCACCUCUGUCAUUUAUGUACAUUCAUCCUAUUUAGAGAUUUCUAAACUUACGAACUGUAAAAAGACUGCAUAAUCCUACUAAGCAAAGAUGCUGACAGCAAGAGGUUUUCGAAAUGACACAAGUCUGUUAUUGAGAAUAGUGAGAAAUGUUCAGAAAACAAUACACAAUGUCCAAAAGUAUUGGAACCUAGUCUUGGGCAGCACGAAUAUGGAGUGUAAGCAACUUGAACAAGCUAACUGGUUGAUAAAACUAUAAGCCUUCGGGAAUUAAGAUGGCAAGGAUAUGCAAUCACACAUUUCUUGCAGUACUAGUUAGAGUAGCACUGAAUUAAGAUAAACCUCAGGAUAAAAUUAAACACUGACACUAUUCCAUAGAAGAUUUGACCAUGGGUCUGCGUAGCUUUUGUAUUUAUUGGCUUCCGGGUAUACUUCUGAAGUCAGAAGUAGGUGAAUUUGUGGUUGGUCAACCAGUGCUAGAAUUUCAUUCAUUUUUAUCUACUGUCUACUUCAAACCAAUAUUUAAAAAGUAGUUGGAUUAGGUUGAAGGAGAAAAAUCGAUAGCCAAGUGAAACAUAAGACGUAUAUAUAACUUUUGUUAUGAGCUGUUUCGUGAAUGCACGUUGUUUGCUUAAAGUCGGCGUUGCAAGUGAGUUCUAACUGGAGAUUGUAAGUCAUAUGGUUCGUAAUCGAACUAAGUAGCACAGAUGCAUUCAUACGUUAUCUUCAUCUUAAUUGCAUUAUUACGCUUAAUGUACUACAUUUUUUCUUGUAUCUUGUAAUAUAUAAAGACUAUUAUUCUUACAAUUUUCACUCUUUUGUGUCCUUUUGUAUUACCUUACAUUUGGUUCGCAGAUAUAAUAUGAGACAAACUGGACUACUAUGCAAAAAUGCUAUUUACUAUGUUUGUACAGUCUCUCUGUCAGUUUAGAGUUUAACUCCAUUGACAGUUUUUUAAGGUAACCACUCAGCAUGAUUAGCUGUUGCACAAUGUGUUUAAUUGUUCAGUAUACAAGUUUGUACGUGGUUUUAUUAUUUUAUUUUGUAUGGAUAAUACUUAUUCCCAUCAUUUUAUACUGAAUAAGUCGACAAUUCUUAUUUAUAGUGGUUACCUUCGUCUAAAAAAACGGAUUGGUUAUUUAUCGUGGAGUUGUUGAAAGUACUACAUCGGGAUUAGUUGACCAGCCAUACAACUUCUGUGUCACAUACUGCAGUAGAUAACCAUCUAGAUAUUUAAAUUCAUAGACAGAUUGGCUGCUAUUCUUGCGACAUUGAUGUUCACCGCGGGAUCCAUUACAUUGUUCAUGAGUUAUUCAUGCUUUAUGGUAGCUUUAUUACAUUUUGAUGGAGAGAUUACAAAGUAAUUAACGUUUUUUCUUGGCAUUCUUUCUUCGAGAAUUCUCGAGUAAGGAGGCUAGCUUAAAGAAACCUCACUUUUUUGAAGUAAUGUUUUGUUUUCAUACGUUUAAAUUUAGGAAAACUAAUCACCAAGUUUCCAAGUUCCUAAGUGAUAAACUAUGUGGAAAUGGCUGGUUACAGUUCCACAAGUCAUCUAUUUCUUAUACUUAACAACAAUAUGAAAAAUAGCCAAGUCAAUGGAUUCUCAUGUUUCAUUCAUUUUAUUAUUUUCUCUACGUAGCAUCCAUAUCUGAUACUGAAUCAAGUAUCAAUCAUGAUAACCUUAGUAUUCAUCAUUUCAACAUUGUUGAAAAGAAAACCAAUACCUCAGCUCAUGACUUUUCCGAUUCUGAUAGUAGCUGUAUGUCAUCAUCGCGUUCCUUUAUUUCUGAUCAACAAUCAACUGAUCAUUUCCUGGAUGAAAUCAAUGCAGACUUCUCUGGUCCAAUUGAUGUUGAUCUUGGGGCUAACUAUUUGAUUGGAUGUUCAAAUCGACAAGCUGAACAACCUUUGUUUCAUUUAGCAAGUAUGCUAAAAAUACCUACUGCUGUCACUGCUGGAGAUUUAUGUAAAAAGUAUCGGGGUUGGGAGUGUGUGGAAGUUGCUGAAUGGCUUAAUCAUUAUUCACCACAGUGUCCAAUAACUGCUAAUCAAGUAGCUGAGGGCGUAUUCCUUUUUGAUAGGGUUACUCAUCUUACUGUUGAUCGUUACUUGGAAAUGAAGUCUAAAGCGCAGAAUUUAGACCCUAAUAUGUCAGUCAAGGAACUUUACGAUCAAGCACUGCAGGAUUUAUUUGACGUGGAAGUUCAAUUAGGAUAUCGAUCUAGUGCAGCUUUCCGCGAUCCGGUUGAAGAAGGCAUUUUCCAGUCUAUAGUUAGCCGUUAUUUGGCAUACGUUAACCCCAUGGAACGUCUUCCAUUGUGUAUCUUAGACGACUUGUGCGAAGUGACUGAUUCGAAGUGGCAAUCGAAUGUUUUCGGUGAAAAAUCCAAUAGGUCUAAGUAUAAGACAAUUCCAUCAUCUUUAGCACUUCAACUUGUACAGACAUAUCCUACAGCCGACCAAAGAAGAGCCUAUCAUGCUUGGGCGGAACGAAAAUUGGAUGCUUUAAGAGAUAAUGAAAAAGCUUCUCUCCCAUCAGUUACUAAAACUGUAUGCGUUAGCUGGGAAGAUCGUUUAGUAACUAGCCGAUUCGGUGAUGUAUUGAAUCCGUUACUGAAAGGUGUAAAUGUCAUAUACAAUGCUGUGGUAACUGAAAUUGAUUGGAGCAAAACCUUUAAUACUGAAAAACAUAAGGUGAUAGUCAAAGCUAAAGUUCGACGACAAUGCCAGUCGACUGAAAAUCAGAAUGAUUCUACAGUUCAAAGCAUUGAUGAAGAAGAACAGAUUUAUGAAGCUAAACACUGUAUUAUUACUGUUCCAGUCGGUGUAUUAAAAGGUCUUUGUCCUAGUUCAGCUAUCACCUUUCAUCCUCAAAUACCAAUCGAGAAACGGAAGUCUAUUGAACGCUUAGGAAUGCCGUGUAAAGGUUCAGCUACACAUGAAAAAGUUAUUCUACGUUUUAAGUGUCCUGAGGAUGUUUUCUGGGAUACUCGUGCAGCUCUUCUCAAGUGUCCUGAUCCUCGUUUGCAUAUUCUUAAUUUACAUCGCUACGGUAAACCUGGUGUUUUAUGUGCUCAUCUAUGGGGAGGAUCGGGUAUUAAUUCUGCGGGUCGAACGGACAAAGAAGUUGUUGACAUCAUAUUAGAUUUAUUAGAUGGUAUGUACGGAAAGAAUGAUGCUGUCUGUACAUUGAACGGUAAUAGUGAUGACGACAGUAAACAAACAAAUAAUCGUCGAAUCCCGAAUCCCGUGUAUUAUUUAGUUACUCGUUGGUCAGAAGAUCCUUUCGCUUUAGGUGCUUAUACUACCGGGGAACCAGGAUGUUCAGAUAUUGAUAGGUCAAUUUAUGCAAAAAGUUUAACAGGUUUGGAUGCAAGAAAUCAACUAGAUUUUGGAUUGAAAGUUGAACCAAAUGGUGAUGCCGGUGUUGUUGACAGUAAACCCGAUCAUGAGUUGAGGUAUCCACGACUUUUGUUUGCUGGUGAGGGUACUCUCACAUCUAAUGAGGCUAAGGAAUGUACACACGGAGCUUUACAGACGGGAAUCGCACGAGCUAUUCAAUUACUUCCUUAUCUUAUGAAAUCAAAAUGUACUAUACCUGAUCCAUAUGUGAUACGUGAUUUAGAAAUUUUAGAGUCUUAUUCAGAAUCAAAUUUCUCUAGUUUCAGUACAAAACUUGCUAGUUAUCUUGUUGGUAAAGUACAAUUGAAUCGAUUAUUAAAUUGUAAUAUAGCUAAUGGUAAGCAAUUUCGUCGUGUAAUUUUAACACGUUCAACUGAACAACCUUUAAAAUAUUCGCCUAAUAAUAAUAAUAAUCAACCAUUAUCAGAUAGUGAUUAUUUAAUAAAUUCAUCGAAAUCAUCAGCUUAUGGACAACGUCGACGUUAUCAUAAUUCAUCGAAAUCUUAUUGGGCUAUAGAUGAUGGAACUUCUUGUAAAUGUUGUACAUAUCCUAGUGUUAAACGUGCACGUGUUGAAUUUAGACGAGGGAGAAAAAGUAGAAGAGUUUCUUAUGUUCGUGAAGAAUCUUAUACACCACAACCAGAUACUCCAGUAAUUAAAGCUCAACGUGGAAGACUUCCAAGGAGAGGUGGUCGUGUUGGUUUAUGUGUAAUUUCUAGAGCUCAUGGGUAUUUCAGAGGAGGCAGGCGUAGUAGACAGUAUGUCAUGACUAGCAGCACUACAGGUGAUACAUCUCUAUCAUAUCAACGAGCUAAUUCCACUUCAAGAGGUCGGCGAGGUAGACCAAGAAAGCGUCCGCUUCCUCCUCCUCCUCCUACUUAUGAAACAACUGGUACAAGCUGGAAUGAUGUACUGACUGAAGAAGAUAGAGAAGAAACACUGUUUCAGUUGACCAAUUUACUCAAUGAAUUCCAUUCUUCACAGAAAUCAAAGGAUGCUUGUGUAACAUCACCUGAAAAAGAAUUAGUUUCAAGUCCUCACAAUAGUCUUGUCAACGGUGAUUAUUCUUCAAAAGAAGAACUUAUUGUUACUAAAAAGGAGGAUAUUCAAUAUCCCCUUGUUGAUCUACCGGUGCAGGAGAAUGUCAAUGGUAUACACAAUAGUGCAAAUGUUGUGGAUGAGUGUGCGCGCAGAUAGUAUUACAAUUGUCAAUAAAACACUAGAAUAUUUCUUAACGCCAUUGUUAUUAGUAUUAUUACUAUUCUUAUUGUUACUUUCUAGUUGCUGUUUUAUAAACAAUUUUUGUUACCGUUAUUAUUAUUAUAGUUCCUUUUUUUAUCGAUUUUUUGCACUUUAUAUUAUUCUCAGGUUUUCCAUUUUGUCGCUUUUAUACAUCUCGCUGUCUCUCACUCCCCAUCUCUUUGCACACGCGUGUUUGGUUCGGCACAUUUGUACAUUCACUCAACUGAAAACAUGAAAAAUAUAAACCAUAAUCACAAAACUAAUAAAAAGAAAGAAAAAAACAAAGAAAAGAUAUAUCCAUAUAGUAUUUAUUAUAUAUCCAUGUGCAUUAUCAGUAGAUUUCUGUUAAAGAUUUUGUAUUUUAUUAUAUUUGCUCAAGUGUAUUACCAUUGUUUAUUAUUAUUAUUAUAUAUAUUCGAGAUUACAUAUUAACUGAAAGA